AUGGCUGACGAUACAUACCCCCGCGAAGAUGACGGCGCUGAGGAGGAGGAGGAGCUCGAGGAGACCGGCUACAAGUCAGUUAGGGAUGCUGUACUCUUUGCUAUUGAAGUCAGCGAUUCUAUGCUACAGCCACGCCCCUCUACAGACCCGAAGAAACCUAGUCAAGAGUCUCCUGCUACUGCUGCAUUAAAAUGCGCAUACCAUCUUAUGCAGCAGCGCAUUAUCUCGAACCCACAUGACAUGAUAGGAGUCAUGUUGUAUGGAACGAAGUUAUCAAAAUUUUACAAUGAGGACGAGAAUAGCCGUGGGGACCUCACAUAUCCUAAUUGCUACCUAUUCACCGAUCUCGAUAUUCCAUCCGCACACGAAGUCCUAGAACUGCGCUCCCUAGUCGAAGAUGAAGAUAAGGCUCGAGAGAUCCUUGUUCCAUCAGAAACUCCAGUUCAGAUGGCCAAUGUCUUGUUCUGCGCAAACCAGAUAUUUACAUCAAAAGCUCCGAAUUUCCUAUCGCGACGACUUUUCAUAGUCACUGAUAAUGAUAACCCACACAAGAGCGAGAAGUCGCUUCGUUCUGCGGCGACUGUUCGCGCAAAGGACCUAUACGACCUUGGAGUGAUCAUUGAAUUAUUCCCAAUCUCCCCGAUAGAUCAUGAAUUCGACACCUCGAAGUUCUACGACGAUAUCAUCUACAAAGCUUCACCAAUGGACCCAGACGCCCCCUCCUACUUACAACCCGAUUCAAAAGCGACAGAUGCGAAAGAUGGAAUCUCAAUACUGAAUAGCCUCUUGUCAAGCAUUAAUUCCAAAUCUGUACCUCGCCGGGCGCUCUUCUCAAACGUCUCCUUGGAGCUGGGACCGAAUUUCAAGAUCUCGGUAUCUGGCUAUCUUCUUUUCAAACGUCAAGAGCCGGCAAGGAGUUGCUUCGUGUGGCUUGGGGGCGAAAAGCCACAGAUCGCAAAGGGAGUUACUACACAAAUUGCAGAUGAUACAGCUCGAACGAUUGAGAAAUGGGAAAUCAGAAAGGCGUAUAAAUUUGGCGGAGACCAAGUUUCCUUUACGCCAGAGGAGCAGAAAGAAUUGAGGAAUUUCGGUGACCCCGUUAUUCGGAUCAUUGGGUUCAAGCCCCUCUCCGCCCUUCCUUUCUGGGCCAAUGUCAAGCAUCCUCUGUUCAUAUAUCCUUCAGAGGAAGACUACGUGGGCUCCACGCGAGUCUUCUCCGCAUUAUACCAGAAACUUUUGAAAGACCAGAAGGCCGCGCUUGUCUGGUACAUUGCACGUAAGAAUGCUGGUCCGGUUCUUGCUGCAAUGAUGGCUGGUGAGGAGAAAGUCGAUGAGAACGGCGUCCAAAAGAUCCCUCCAGGCAUGUGGAUCAUACCACUCCCUUUUGCAGAUGAUGUGCGACAAAACCCCGAAACCACCAUUCAGGUCGCUCCAGAACCUCUUAUUGAUCAGAUGCGGACCAUUAUCCAACAAUUACAACUCCCCAAGGGUGUCUAUGAACCCUCAAAAUACCCCAAUCCUUCUCUCCAAUGGCACUACCGCAUCCUCCAAGCCCUAGCACUAGACGAAGACCUCCCAGAACAACCCGAGGACAAAACCCUCCCCAAAUACCGCCAAAUCGAUAAACGCGCCGGCGACUACGUCCUCUCCUGGGCCGAAGAGCUCGAAAAACAAUACGACAAGAUCCCCGCAACAAGCGGCGUCAAAACAACUCUGGCCAAACGCCCCGCGAAGGACACAUCUGCCUCCGGCCCGCCUGCGAAAAAGGUUAAAGCUGCCGAUGGCGGCGCUGCAUCAGACCCCCAGGCAGAGGUCCAGAAACAUUUCCAGAAGGGGACGCUCUCGAAACUUACGGUUUCUGUUCUUAAGGAUUAUCUUGCUUCGCAGGGCCGUUCGUCGGCAGGGAAGAAGGCGGACCUCGUUGAGCGGGUUGAAGAGCUGUUGGAGUCGAAGGUAUGA